AUGUCUGGGGAAAAGGGCUCCCCAAGAGUGAUCAAAGCUGAGACAGAUGAUACUGAUGCUCCCUGCCCUAGUGUCUCUGAAGUAGAGGAGCUCCUCAGGACAGGGAAGGUCUCCUGCAGCCAUGUGGAUGAAGUCUGGCCCAAUCUCUUCAUAGGAGAUGCGGCCACAGCAAACAAUCGCUUUGAACUGUGGAAACUAGGCAUCACUCAUGUGCUGAAUGCAGCCCACGGUGGGCUUUACUGCCAGGGGGGACCUGACUUCUAUGGCAGCUGUGUGAGCUACCUGGGGGUGCCUGCCCAUGACCUCCCUGACUUCAACAUCAGUGCCUACUUUUCUUCUGCUGCUGAUUUUAUCCACAAUGCCCUCCUCACCCCUGGGGCCAAGGUCCUAGUUCACUGUGUGGUGGGGGUCAGCCGAUCAGCCACUCUGGUCUUGGCUUACCUCAUGCUGAGGCAAGGGCUGAGUCUUCGGCAGGCUGUGAGUUCUGUGAAGCAACACCGUUGGAUCUUCCCCAAUUCUGGUUUCCUCAAGCAGCUGUGCCAGCUGGACAGGCAGCUUCAAGGAGCAGGGGGAGCACCAAGGGACUGA